AUGGUGCAAACAAUUAAUCCUGACGAACGCCAUCUUUUUCAUUCAAUGUUCAGUUAUUUCAAAAAUUAUCUUGAAUUUUAUGAAGGUGAUUCUUUAGAAAGAAUUUCUUUACAGACCAUGAAAAAUUAUAAAGUUAUACCUGGGGGAGAUAUUAAACAUCCUUUACGAUACACAUCUCUUCUGGAUGUUAUAGUUAAUUCUCUGCCUGAGGGUGUUUUGAAACAUAGCCAUGAAAUUUUUCGGAUAAAUUGGACUGAUCCAAAAUGUAAGGUUUCUUGUCUGAAUGGUAAAGUGUUUGAAGAAGAUCAUGUUAUCUUGACUGUUCCAUUGGGUGUUCUGAAAAAGAAAUGCACUUCUAUGUUUAACCCUUCUUUACCCCGUCAAAAUCUUGAAGCAAUCGUAAGAACAGGCUUUGGUCUAGUUGGUAAAAUUUUCCUUGAAUUCGAACGACCCUUUUGGAAAGUAGGAGACUUAACAUAUCUGCAUCUAGCUUGGGACAAGGCAGAAUGGGAGAAGAUGAAAAUAGAUCCUAACCAGUGGAUAGCUUCAGUAAGUGGAUUUGAAGAAGUUCUAAAUAAUCCCAAAGUUCUUCUUGGUUGGAUCGCUGGUCCUCACAGUGAGUACGUGAAGAAAGUAUCUGAUGAGGAAAUUAUAGAGACCUGUACUACAUGUUUACGCCGAUUCCUGAAUGAUCCAAGCAUUCCAAGCCCUGUAAGAAUCCUCCGUUCAAAGUGGUGUUCCGAUAUUCUUUUCGGUGGCUCGUACAGCUUCUUAACUCCAAACAGUCUCCCAGGCGACAUCGAUAUUCUAGCUACUCCUUUACCAUCUGUUACCAAUCUGCGACUGUUGUUUGCAGGUGAAGCUACUCACCCAAGCUAUUUUUCAACAACUCACGGAGCAAGGCUCAGUGGACAACCUAAAGCUUCUCGUCUCGUCAGAAAUGCUUUAAAAGUAAAAUUGUAA